AUGUCUUCUCCGUGGAAGCAACAGCCCGAAGAGGUGGCGGGCAAGGUGUUGAAGAGAAUAGAAGUCAGCAAGAUAGCCCGAAGAUUGCAGAACCGACUUGCUCUGGCCCAGUUCAAGACCAAGCAUGGCUGGGAGGACUUGACUCUCGACACCAUCGAACCAAAAUACGAAGAGGAAAUGCGACGGAAGCGAUUGUGUGACGGCGACGUCGUGUCCGACUCAUCUUCCAGCGCCUCUGACCUACCAUAUCCUACGAGAACUCUCAUGAGCUCUCCGCUGAAGGCUCCCCUGUUUUCUGAUGCCGUCCGCUCGAGCAACGGGAGUACCGGCCACCGCAAGCGUACCUACAUGGCCUCUUUCGAGUAUCCCUCGUCCAGUCCGAGCAAGCGCUACCGGUCUUCUCCUACGCCCAUAAAAUCCUUGCACAGUCACACAUCGUGGAAGGAAAGCCAUCAGCUGGCGCAAUCAUCGCCAAUCAAGCCCAGAAGGCAGCAGCAUUUCACCACGUCGACAGGCCCCGAUGUCUCUUUCUUCCAGGGUGCUCGGAGAUUGGCAGAUGACCUGGUAUCGCCCAACUUCGCCGCAAACUCUGAGGAUGAAGAUGAUCUCCUUCCCACUCAAUCUUUCAGGGCUACCAACAUCCGUUCUUCACCUCCGACAACGCCGCCGAUGCGCAACCGCGCUAUACCCAAUCGUCGUACCAGAGACAGAGGCACAAAUGGAGAACCGCCUGUCAAAUCUGGAGAGGAGGGCGCCGACCUCUUGCUAUACCUGGCUGCUUCUCCCUCACCCGCAGUCCCAUCCACCAAGACCAGAAUGGAGCCUCCCUCAACGCCGCCCUCCAAGGUUGGCCGCGACAUGACAUUGCCCUCAUCCCAUAUGACCACACCGGGCGGGGGCAAUAUGUUCCCCAACACGCCAGGGCAAGGCUUCGAUUUUGCAGAGUUUGUCAACAUCACACCAAGUCCUGCCCAAAAAGCGUGGAAAACACCUGUUACUCUUUCAUCGGCAAGGACUCCCAUCAGUUUGACAAGGAGACGUUUGACCUUUGACGAGCCCUUGGCUUGA